CUUUUCGCCUCGGUCGUCGUGAAGUUUCCUUUUUCCGCCCGAAUUCACCUAGUAGCGAGCGUCGAAACCGAAGAAAUUUUGCGGCGGAGCGUGGGCGUGUGUGUGUGUGCGUACUGGACAGCGAAAGGCAGCUUAAGGGAAACCUGACGAGUGGCUUGACUCGACUCGGCUGGGGCUACUGCACAAACGGACAUGGCAACACGCAAGUUCUCAGCAGCGGUGGUUCUGGGGGCAUUCCUGCUCGGCUCCUUGCACCUAGUUUCGUCCCAACAACGACCAAAAUCACAAGAUUGUUAUCCAGACCUGGUCUCUGGGUGCUACAGAUAUUACCAUAGCAGAUUGUGGGGAGAUUUUGACGGAAACUACGAUAGAGCCUGCAGGAACGUGACGGCUAAGUAUCCGUGCCACCAGAGGUUAGCCUCAUGCCCGGAGCCAGUGAGAUCGAACUUCAGUCGCCAGGAGAGCGGAUACGAAGCCCUUCGCGAUCUUAUCUGCGACCGCAAGGCCUUUCAAGAAUACCGCACAGCCUCUGAGUGCCGAGACGUGGAAAAGUCUCGCAUCUGCGAGGAACAGAACGGAGCUAAUCCGGAGGGCCUUAAAAAGGAUCCCGCCAACUUCGGCUGUAGGCUCAUGCGGACCACGCUUAUGUGUUUCGACGAGGCAUUCACGCCGGAUUGCCAGAUGAGCCAGAAAGCUGCUAAGGCGGCAUUCGGGAAAGGUCAAGACAUCCUGCUCGCCCUGGAAGGCUGCAGCUCAUCUGCGGGGUCACGCUUCAUUUCGCAGUUGCUCUUGCUUGGCGUAGCCACCUUAACUCUUGCGCGUUGCCUUAGCUACUAGCGUGAGACAAACAGUCGGCAUUGCAGGAGGCUAUCCGAGUCCCUGCAGCAACAACAACAACCGCAACAAAUACUGCACAACAAGAGCAACGAAUAAUUCAGACAUUUUCCCGAACACUGUGGAAGCUGCUUUGCCUUUCAGCACUCGCUCUUCACUCACUUUUCUUCUUUUAUUUUUUUGUGUGUGUAUGCGCGUGUGUUUUCUCUGAGGCUCCGAUGCCUUUAUUACACAGCGGCAUUAUUUGCGCUGUAAGAUUUUGCAUAAGCAUUUCUCGAGUUCAGGAAUUUUACCGCUGUCAUCGUUCCACGUGGUCUUAAAUGUCAUACGUAGCCAAGUUGACGGCGUUUUUGUUAUUGCAGUGGGCACAGUGCACUGACGCCAUCAUUUGCCACUCAGCGACUACUAUGCGUUCUGAUGUUGCUUUUUUUUUUAACUGACUGUGUACUAUCUUUGAAGAGGAUCUUAGGUUGCGCACUGACUUAGUAUAUAUUCGCAAUUCACUGCCACACGUUGUUGCUGUUAUGUCUGUCACCACUUCGGGAAAAGGCUGAGGAUUUCACCCGGAAUAAACGAGUCGUUAUUUCAUCUGA